GUCGGCGCGUCGGCCCGCGGCAUUAAUUGGCUGCACAAACACCUUCAGAUCGGAUCGCGGCAGGGGCCACACAUUGCUGCGUUUGCUGUGUGCGGUAUCAGUAAUUGGCUGGUGGCAGAUAGUCUUCCUGUGCCCACAAAAAAGGUGUAUGCCCAGGGAGCGCUCCCCACCAGCAAACAAGAUGACAUCAUCGGACAGAGCGAACCUGCUGGACAAAGACGAGGAAAUAGCGACGCCGGCGAAAAAACCAACAAUCACGACGAAGAAGCUAGCAUUAUCAAUAGGCGGCGUCUUCGUGCUCUACGUUUUACAUGAUGCAUUACAAGAACGGGCCUUCCGCCAGCCGGGCUUUAGAUUUGGCUGGUUCAUGACGUUGAUAGAAAUAGUGGUCGUUUCUACAUGCGCAUUUAUGUUCGAGUGGGGCGCGCCGCCAGAUCCCACGGUAGUGUCGGAAGAGUCCAUGCGCACGAUUAGGAUGUGUGUUGGUGGUUUAGCGCUGUGUCUAGCCACCUCACAAGGCACGGGCAGCGCCGCGUUGAAUUAUGUGCACUACCCCGUGAAGGUCGCCUUCAAGUCCUCGAAGCUCGUGCCAACCAUGAUCUUCGGCAUACUGCUGACGCGGAAGACCUUUUCAUUCCUCGAAUACGGGGCGGCCUUGCUCAUGUGCUGCUCGUUAGCGGGUUUGUCGUUGGCCGAUAGACGGGCGUCUUCUGAUGAAGAGGCCGAGAAUUUGCCCCUUGGUGUCAUGUUGCUGAUGACGGCGGUGUUUGCGGACGCUUUAGUACCGAACCUCCAGGAGAAGUGCCUCAAAGAACUCAAAUAUCCGGUGGGGCGGAUGAUCGUUUAUUCUAAUGCCGGGUGUGCCGCGUUGGUGUUGCUCUACUGCUCGGCGACCGGUGAAUUAACAAUGGCUUUGAAGUGGUGCGCCUCCAAUACGGAGGGCAGCGCGUUUCUGUUCUUACAGGCCUGUACGUCUUAUAUGGGGUUAAGGUGCUACCUGGUCGUGGUCAAGGAGCUUUCUGGUGUGGCGGGCGUCGUCACGACUUCAUUAAGGAAGGUCGUGACGUUGAUUUUGUCCUUUUUAUUAUUCGAGAAGCCCUUUACCCAAGGCCACGCCUGGUCCUUCGCCGUGCUGUUCGCGGGCGUCGGUCUGGCCACGUACGCGAGGCAGGUAAAGUAGUUUUGUAUAUA